CCCGAAGUGUGACGUAGGAGGAAGGAGACGCCAUUAGAGGGAGGCGGAGAGGGAACGUUCUUCGCUUUUCGUCGGGUGCCUGACGUGGUGGCUGGGGCCCUUCAUUCUCGGACUUUUCCUCGGCACUUCCAGGCCUCGCCCCAAGCGGGAGUGGAGACGGCGCCCGGGCUCGGCGAACCAGGGCGAGGGGGCCUGCGCCGGUCGUGACUGGGAAGGCGCUGCGGCGGCUGUGGGGAGCUCCGCGCGGCUCUAGGGUUCGGGUGGCGGGGAAGCGACGGGAUGGCUGCGGCCGGUGGCGGCGGCAGCGGGGCGGCGGCGGGCCGAGCCUACUCGUUCAAGGUGGUGCUGCUGGGGGAAGGCUGCGUGGGGAAGACGUCGCUGGUGCUGCGCUACUGCGAGAACAAGUUCAACGACAAGCACAUCACCACUUUGCAGGCAUCAUUCUUAACAAAGAAGUUAAAUAUUGGUGGAAAAAGAGUAAACCUUGCUAUAUGGGAUACAGCAGGUCAAGAGAGAUUCCAUGCAUUGGGUCCAAUUUACUACAGAGAUUCAAAUGGAGCUAUUUUAGUUUAUGACAUAACAGAUGAAGAUUCUUUUCAGAAGGUAAAAAACUGGGUCAAAGAAUUACGGAAAAUGUUGGGAAAUGAAAUCUGUUUAUGUAUAGUAGGUAAUAAAAUAGACUUGGAAAAGGAGAGACAUGUUUCCAUUCAAGAAGCAGAAUCGUAUGCAGAAUCUGUGGGAGCAAAACAUUAUCACACAUCAGCCAAACAGAACAAAGGAAUUGAGGAACUCUUUCUUGAUCUUUGUAAAAGGAUGAUAGAAACAGCACAGGUGGAUGAAAGGGCAAAAGGCAAUGGCUCCAGCCCACCGGGAGCUGCAAGGCGAGGUGUACAGAUAAUCGAUGAUGAACCUCAGGUCCAGAGCGGCGGCGGAGGGUGCUGUUCUUCUGGAUAACUGUUCCCACCUGAGAAACUAAAACAAACUGUGGAUCAUUGCCCUCAACAUGAAGACUGCCAUAUUCCAAGUCACGUUAUUUUACCAAUGGAAUUAUAGAAUUAACAGUAUUUUAAAUUACGUUUAUAACACUGCAGAGACCUUAAGUGCUAAACUUAGUGGAGUUUGUGACCAGAGAAUUGGCAUUUUCUACAAAUGUUAACAAAGCAAUUACCAAUGGCCUUUUUACAUAUUUUUUUCUUUAAUAAGGAAUAAUAUGCAUGUAGAAAAGACCUACUUAAAGGCUUCAUUUAUAUUCUUUUAAAUCAAAUCUUUAUUUAAUAACUUAUAUAUGUUGUUGGAAUGGUAUACAUUUUGCAGCCCUUUGUAUUUUGUGGUAGUUUGAAUUGUAUCACUUCUAAACAGCAAACUUUUUUUUUUUUUUAAUUAGCAGAUACCUGAAGUACUAUUUUUGCAGGGUUUGCACAGGCCCGUAACUGUCUACUACUUUGAUAUAAUCUAUAUACAUCCUGUAUGCUGAGCUGGUAAAAUACAUUGUAAAUUACAUAUUAAAUAUUUUAUCUGCUUUUACAAGCGCAAGGUGCAAAAAUAUAUAUAAUAGUCUCAUUGAUGACUGUAAAGUGAUUAACAUUUGGUGAUAAUGCCUAAGCUUUUGACUCUGAUAUAAAGAUCAUAGCUCCCCUUCACUUUUGUCUUAACUUGAAAGUGGCGUGUUUAAAUUUUCACAUAUACUUUACUUGAAUUAUUGCUGUUGUCACAUGUUUUUGGCCUCUGUAAGUCCAUCCGAUGAUUGAACAGCAGCAUUUGCCUUUUGGUUUGGUUUUGGGUUUUUUUUUUUGGUUUUUUUUUUUAAUAAAAGAGAUAACUUCAGCCAAUUUUGCUUUAGAAUGGUUACCUUAGAAGUAUUCGAGUGGAGCAUGCUGAGUUUCACUUCUGCCACAGCUUUAGUUUUCUUUAGGCUUUAUAUGAGCUGGGUUCACUGGUGUGAGAAGAGAGGAAGAGGUCCCAGAUAGCAGCCACUCAACAAGAAUUAUUCAUACAGCAUGUUAGUGGUAGUUAUGCUCCUAAGGCAGCACUUUUAGAUCCUUUGUGAGCAAGUUGUAUUUGUUCAAUGCUUGCCAGAAAUGAACACAGAAAGUUUCGUUUCAUUUUUAUAAGAGCUAUUCUCCUGAGUUUCUGUGAAGGGAAACAUUUCAUGUAAUGCAGUUAUGGCGAACACUGGAAAGAUUUAUUAUAAAAUUAUAUUCUUGUAUACUUUGUAAAUUAGUCUCAUUAGGUUUUUUUCUUAAGCAUAGGACUGAACUUAAAUUUGUUAAUUUUAAAAGAAUCAGGCACUGCUCACAGAAGGAACACAAAUUGUAGAAAGUAACAUAAAUUGUUCUUGUUCUAAUAUAUAUAUUUUUCCAUUUCUGUCAUGCUUGGAAAACUAGUAAAUGUUAUGUCUAAGAUAAAAUGGAAUGGUUCCUGGAUCUACUUCUUAUAAGAAGCAGUAGUAUGCAAUAAAAUUGUUAGCAUGAGCAAUUAAGAGGACAUAAAGAGGUUAUAGUUACUAAAGAAGUACUACCAUAUUUUUAAGGUAAUAGCUUAAACUUCCCCAAAUGUGUUAAAAGUUGAAUGAAUUGACACUUUGAUGUUAUGAUGUUAGGAUUUUAACUUAGUGUUAAUUUAAGGGUUCUGUGAGUCCUCACUUGACCUUUUUAAAUUAUUGUACUUGUCAAACUCAACACACUGAUCUCUAUUGUGUGUGUUUGGAGAGGGUGGUGGGUGGGAAAAAUCAAGGAAAUAAGUUAAACUUGUCUUCUUUUAUGAGAUGACUGUACUCUGUGUAGUCUCUCGGUUUCUGUGAAGUUAGAGUUUAUGCAGGGGUUUGGGGGAGGCAGGGGAAUCAUGACUACAGAUACAGGAAAAUUGUGUUUGCCCUCCUGGUUCUUGCAGAGGUAGUAAAGAAAGCCUUGCCAUUUCUACUGUUGCAGAUGGGAAAUAAACUCUUUCCCUUUGGAGUGAAAUAUGUUUUUUAAACUAAUUAGAGAUGAACUUGAGCUUUAUUCCAAAAAAUAAAGUCAUAAAGCCUGA